AUGGAUCACAACGAGGACGAAAACCCACUCAUGGGUACGGAUUCUGAAAGCGGAGAGCCGCCAUCAUCGGUGUUUAUCCCAUUCUCAACCUUCAAGCCCAGCCAAGCUCCACAAUCACGAUCAAAGUGGCCUUCCCUUUUCCAAAUCGCAUGCUUCGUGGUCAUAACUCUAUCGUGGACAACAUUCCUCGUCUGGUACAGCCACUACAAGGAUACCUCGCCGUUUGCUCUUAUUGAAAGGGGACACUGUGGUUGGUCGAUAGAAGAAGCGAAAGCCAAUGGAUGUGUUUACGAUAUCAUGAUGUCCUCGUGGAUUCCAAAGCCCUGCUAUGAUGAAGAAUUAUCCAACAGCUUCCUGAGGGCCAACAACUUUACUUAUUGGAGGAAAAAUGAUGGAGUUGAGGAGGUUCCAGAGGAAGAGGUUCGAAGAGGAGAAUUCGAUAUCCUUUUCACGCACGGCACGUAUCACUCUCAGCAUUGCAUGUAA